AUGCGACCAAAGACGACCGUCAAGAAAGCCGACUAUCCCAAUAUUAGUACACCAGACCUGUAUGAAUUAGCGCACGCCGCUGCGUCCAAGGGCAACAGCCGAGAGGCAAUGCAGAUGGUCGAGUACUUAGUGCGCGAGCGACGCGAAACCCCCAACCUUCGCCUAUACUCCAUUUCUAUCCUCACCAAUGUUCAUCCAUCCGAAGGAUCUGCCAGAAGCGUCGCUCGUCUGCUGGCCGAAAUGGAGGAUGAAGGACUACAAAUGAACGUACAGAUCUGUCACGACGUACUGCAGGUAUUGAGCGUUCACAUGGAUUACUUGAUGCGAAUGGAUAUUCUACAAUACAUGCGCCGCCAAUGGCUGCAGCUGAAUACCGAAGGCUAUCACUGGGUUGGUGCUGCUUUAUUCCGAGAGGGUCAACUCGAACUGGGCCUUGAUCAUCUCGAAGAAAUGCGCAAGGACAAUGUGCCGAUUCAAAGCUGGCUCUAUGACAUUGCCGUAUAUACCAUGCUGGAAACGAAUGAGUUUGACGAAGCCUUAACGAUAGUCAAGGACCGUAUUGCUGCCAACGACUGGAUUAUCAAUCGUAAUCUCUGGUCUCACAUGCUCGAUCGCGCGGCAGCUUUCUUCCACUAUCGUAGCACCGUAUAUGUCUGGAACACCCAAGUUGUCCCAGGUUAUCUAAUCCCCUCCUCAGGAACGUGUCUGAAUGUCCUGACUACAGCUGCUCGCAAGGGUGACGCAGCUCUUGCGACCUCUGUUUUCCAUGUCCUGGGCAAGCGCAGCACAAACUUCAAGCAAAUUCACUACGACCAACUCUUGACUACUUACAUGUCUGCUUCCCCACCUGACCUUCACGCCGCCUUCACAGUCCUCACCAUCAUGGCAAGCGUGAAGAUCCCUCCGAGCUCUGUGUCUACUCGCCCUAUCCUGGCACAUCUCGUUCGUUAUCCUUCUGACUGCUCGACCGCCUUUGACAUCAUAACGUCUCUGCACGAAAGCGGCCGAGAGAUUCCUAUCGCGGCAUUGAAUGUGCUGAUAGAAGGAUAUGUCGAGACAAACCAACUCGAGCAAGCCCUAGUGGCGUACAAACACAUGCAUCUUUUUGAACGCACUGCUGUGGACAAACAUGGCAAACCCAUCCGUCGUAGUCGUUCCUACAGUACUCUCGAUACAUUCAACAUUCUUCUUCGCGGCGCAGCGAAACCCAUCGCUCAACAGGCUUACGAUUUGGCAAUGUUCCUAGUGUCUGAGAUGUUGGCCUUAGGAGUCCGACCCGAUGCUCUUGUCUACGAUCGUCUAGUGGUCAUCUGUGUUCAAGAUAAAAAAUUGGAUCACGCAUACCGUUAUUUCGACGAGAUGGAAGAGUUGGGCUUUAUGCCUAGACCACGUACCGCUGAAUUGCUGGCAAAAUCUCUAGCAGAGAACGCAGACAGCAGAUGCUGGGAUGUUCUGCAGAGAAUGCAAGACAGAGGAGUCGUAGUGGACGAGAGACAGAGGUCUGUUGUCCAGAACAUAUUUUCAGGAGCUGAGCAGGCAAAGGGAGGUGCACUUCUGGAUAUGAUUGAGUAG